UUCUAGCACCGAUAAAACGAGUCAGCAAUGAACAUGUAAUGGUUGCUAUGCAUUAUCCCUACAUUGUGACAAUUCGUGGAACAAUUAAAAGGGAAUGGCAAGCUGUUUUCUCAGCCAUAACAGUGUCAAUCACUCAAGUGUAAGUGAGAUCAGAGCUGCCCCAGCUGUCAGCCUAAUGACUUUCAUUAGUUCAGUUCAGUUCAGGCUUAAUGACUUUCACGUGAGUUCAGUUCAGUUCAGGCUUAAUGACUUUCACGUGAGUUCAGUUCAGUUCAGGCUUAAUGACUUUCACGUGAGUUCAGUUCAGUUCAGGCUUAAUGACUUUCACGUGAGUUCAGUUCAGUUCAGUUCAGGCUUAAUGACUUUCACGUGAGUUCAGUUCAAGACAGGAAAUGGGGAGAGAGAGAAAUUAAUGAGUGAAUGCUCCUGAAAGGAAUAAAAUCACGAACGCGCUAAAUGCGUUGCAAUUGAAACAAUAUAAUUCUCUAAUCACGAGAAAAAAUAAAAUAAAUGAAAGAUAUUCAUAAUGUUUGACUCCAUACCGCGAUUAACAGUAAUGAGAUGUGAGGUCAGAAAAUGAGAGCGUGCUAUUUGCGAGUACUGAGCACUUUACCCGACAAACCUAACGUAAGCAUGGCUGUACCUACGGCUUAACACAUUUAGGGAAAAGAUAGAAAAGAAAUGAAAAGAGAAGGGGCCCAUAAAUGUGUACUCACGGGUUUGAAGAUUGUCAUCUUGUGUUUUCAGUGGCGAGCGGAAUUUCUUCGGAGAAGCUUGGAUCAAGUAGUAAGCUGAAACGUCACAACUGCCACCGCCUGCCACCAGAAUGCAAAGGAGUGAAGAGAGGAGAGAAGAAAGCCGCGCGAGGAAAGGGGAGGCGAAGGAAGCCUGGUGAUGGGUUCGCAGCCGACGCCUCAGGGGGUUUCAGCGCAGCAGCCAUACUCCGACUGUCCCUUCCCGUCUCCUUCCCUGAAACGCCUCCGUGCUCCGCCAGUCGCCCAGAUGCCUUUCUCUCGCCGGGAGCGGUGCGAGGCGGAGGAGGACGACUUCGAGGAUGUGCUCGGUGGGUCUUGACAGUCCCUUGUCUCCGACAUCCCGGUUGUCAUAUUGUCACUACGGUUGCCAUAUUGUCAUUGUACAUGGAUUGGUCUAAUGUUCAUUCAAAUCAUUAAUUUUACGUAACCUGUUGGAUUACGUAGAUAUAUUUAUAUAUAUAAAAAAAGGUUAUUUAAGUUUCAUAUGGGUUUUUGUAAGCAUCUCCCUUUGUCUUACACGAACGCCUGAGGUAUGACAAAGGCGAUGACGGAGAGAGCGCGUCUUUUCACCCACACCUGUCAGAGAGCACGGUGCUCACCUGCAUUCUCGUGAGUCUUUAUAUAUUGUCACCGGGGACUUACUAUCAGUUAUGGAAUUCUUCGAAUAUAUUAUAAUUGUUCAGUUUGCAAUCCACUUAUCUCUUUUUCAGUUUUAAUAUAAUAACAAAGUCUGGUGAAGCAGCUCUAAUAAGGGAAUGAACGAAACAGGAGUAGCCGUAGUAACGCCCCACUCCGCUCCUAACAGGACGAC